AUGCCGCUCACCCAAUACCCCGGAGGGCCGGUGGACAAGCCUGUGUAUGCGACUGCGGAACGCCUGGGCGUCGCCCCCGAGCAGGUGCUCCUUCCGUGGAUCAAGAGCAAGGGAGCGGUCAUCCUCACUACGAUCAGUAAGAAAGAGCAGUUGGAGCGGUAUCAGGCUGUUGCGAACAUCGACCUCACAGACGAGGAUAUCGCACAUUGGAGCAAAUUCGUCGGGCCUACAGGGGUCGCAUCGCUCAAGGUGCAUCCCGACAAGAAUCCAUCACCUGAAGCCGCAACACUAUUCCACGCUCUGACACAAGCGUACAACUUUCUCCCCGACCCUACCCAACGCAGUGCCCUCGACGCAUCCCUCGCUGCUCGGCGAGCACGAGCAGCACAACUAGCCGCAUCCUCAGAAAAGAAAUGCACAAUGCUGGAAGAACUCGAGUGCGCAGAAAGGGCAGCGAAACGCUUCAAGGUCGAUAGUCUAGCCGAAGAGAGGAAGAAGAGGGAGGAGGAGGAACGGAUAUAG